CUGUCAGCACAUCAUUAAGAAAGCUGCCAAGAUGAGCUCAGCUACGUGUUCAGGUGGCAGGGGUAACGUAUUUAAUAUCAUUCUGUUGGGAAACUCUGGGACUGGAAAGAGUGCCUCAGGAAACACCCUCCUGAAUGCUGGAAAGCAUCAGAGUAGACCAGCUCAGCAUUUUUUUUCUUACCCAAGCUCUACACCGGUGACCACAAAGUGUCAGGAGAUAACGGUAAAGAUGUUUGGGAGAUGGGUUAGUGUGGUCGACACCCCAGACUUCUUUUACGAAGACCAACCCGUAGAUGAGGAAGAAAUCAAGGUGUGUAAGCAGUACUGCAAGUCAAGGCAGCAUGUGAUAUUACUUGUGAUACAGCUGGGCCGGUUCACAGAUGGUGAGGCAGGAAUAUUAGAGAAGCUGGAGAACAAGUUUGGCAGGAUCAGCGACCGUACAAUCAUCCUGUUUACACACGGAGAAAAUCUGCAUUGUGAUGUGAAGCAGUUUAUUGGUGAACGGAUUCAUCUCAAGCGCAUUGUGGAAGCUUGUGGCGAUCGUUACCAUGUAUUCAAGAACACCUCCAAGAACUCCAGACAGGUCAAGGAACUCUUCGAGACAUCUGAACACAUGUUUCCAGGUUUCAGAACAAAAAAAAUCAUUCCCACUGAUCUGUUGCGGUUAACUUUUGCUAACACACACUGAAUGCCCAAAUGUUAGUUGUUUAUAGUCAGAAAAUGUUUCCAGCUUUCACACUAUAACCAUCAAUAAACAUCAUGUUGUCUGUGAACUUUGUGUUAGCUUUGGCUGAUUCAGUCUGAAUAAUCUUAUUUAAAAACUAUCUACAAGUUUGUAAAGGGUGGCAAGUACAAAUAUAAUUUUUUGAAGCGGUGUGUAAUUUACUGUGACUGUAUAAUAAUUAUAAUUAAAUUCUACUACUGCUAACCUUCCACUGAAAUCAUACUUUUGCCUUAUGUGUAAUCUAAAAUCCUGGACAAAUUUAAGAAACACUUGAAAAUUGCAUGUCAGAUGAAAAGAUGGCUUGUAUUUCACUUGACUUAUAGAAGAGUAAGUAAAUUAAUCUAUUUUGAUUGGACCAAAUAUUAGUCUGGGCUAUUCUUCUAUUUUUUUUAACCUUGUGCUUGU